GCUCUUUCAGCCAUUCUCACAGGUGUUGUCACUUUGCCUGAUUGGACCUUUUGUGUGUGGGUGUACAGGUUGUUUGACAUCUCUCUCUCUCUCACACUCUUCUGUUUAUUUUGUCAGGGCGAGACAACUUUAACAUUUUUCAAUCUAAUUUGGACACGUUGGCGACUCCCAUGUAAUGACUGAUGGAUUCAGACAGAAGUCCUUUCACAGGUUGAAGCUGCCAGCUGUAAAAGAUGAAACACACUGUGUGUACAUGUGUGCAUCUCUUCUUUGUCAGCGGUGUCUUCUUGCCACACAACGGUGCUGGAACUGUCAAGGAAUAGCAAUGCAUCUGACAUAGCUUCCUGUUUGGAGUCGAGACCACGAGGGCAAUGAAUGUGCACUCGCCUCCGAGGAGGAGACUCAGGCGCAGUCGUGUCCUCUUCUUCAUCUCAGGUGUGCUGCUGUGUUUCGUCUACACUCUGACUCUGAAAGCCAGGCUGUCAGAGCCACGAGCCUCUGCGCAGACGGGUGACGUUCUCAGAGCAGAAGGGGGUGGUGAUGAUGUCGUAGAGGUCAACAUUCGGGAGGUGGCAUCCAAUGAGACAGAGGAGGAGGUUGUCUUACCUGAGAGCAGCAAACCCCCUCUGGUGAUAAUCGUCAACAGGACAGAUAUCGAACAGUGUAUCUAUGUAGAUCCUCAACCCCCAAAACCACCUCCAACUACAACUCCACCGCCAACCACCACCACAGUUCCCCCGCUCAAGCCUCCUCACAGGAAGGGUGAGUACCCAGAGGACCUCUUCUCACUGGAGCAGCGGCGACAAGGUUGGGUAGUCCUGCACAUCCUGGGCAUGACCUACAUGUUUGUCGCCCUGGCCAUUGUCUGUGAUGAGUUCUUUGUUCCUGCGCUGGAAGUCAUCACCAACAAGCUGGAGAUUUCUGACGACGUUGCCGGGGCCACCUUCAUGGCGGCUGGAGGCUCUGCCCCCGAGCUCUUCACCUCCCUGAUUGGCGUCUUCGUCUCUCACAGCAAUGUGGGCAUUGGCACCAUCGUGGGCUCAGCUGUCUUCAACAUCCUGUUUGUGAUUGGCAUGUGUGCCAUUUUCUCCCGGGAGAUGCUGCACCUCACCUGGUGGCCCCUGUUCCGAGACGUGACCUUCUACAUCCUGGACCUUAUCAUGCUCAUCAUCUUCUUCCUGGACAACAUGAUCCUGUGGUGGGAGAGCAUCAUGCUGGUGCUGGGCUACAUCUGCUACGUGAGCUUCAUGAAGUUCAACAGUCAGAUCGAGCAGGUGGUCAAGACCCAGCUUAACAAGCACAUGAGCAUCGUCAAGGUGUGGACUGCAGAGGAGCCAGAGAAGGAGAGUGAAGCCCCUCCUCCUGCUGCUGCUCCUGCUCCACCACCUCCUGCACCAAAAGCUGAAGAUAAAUCCAAACCAGAACCUGAACCGCCUCCGAGCAGCCCUAAGCGCAACAAACCACCGUCAGAUUCACAGGAGGACAAAGCAAAACUCAGGGUGCGUCCGGUCCUGCAGCGAGGCGGCAGCUCGGCCUCCCUCCACAACACGUCGCUGCGGAGCACCAUCUUCCAGCUGAUGAUCCACACAUUGGACCCUCUGGGAGAAGAGGCAGCCCUUAGAGGGGCCCAUAAAACCCCUGCCCCAAGGAAAGCCAGACGAGAGACAUCCUUUAAUGGUGAUGUCAGAGGGGAGGGGUCAGUGCAGAGGAAAGCGAAGAACAAAGUAAAGCCUCUGAAUGUCCCGGUCACGGGCAAAUUACAGAGCAAGUCACAGCAACACCACGCUGAAGAUGUCGAUCAAAAGCCAAAGUCUGAGCAGGCUGCUGCAGCCGAGCCGUCCACCUCACAGCCUCCAAAGACAGAAGAGACGACCGAGACGACAGAGAAGACUGAGAACAUUGAGAAGACCGAGCCAACGUCCGACCAGCCAGACCAGUCAAAGGCGGCGGCAGCAGCAGCAGCAGGGGGAUCAGAGGGCAACGCAGAGGGCAAGAGCAGCGACGAGGACAGCAGCGACUCCGGUGAGAGUGAAGACAAUGACGACGACGAUGAUGAUGAUGAUGAUGAUGAUGAUGAUGAUGAUGAUGGAAAUAAGGAGGAAGAGGAUAAGGAGGAAGCAGAGGAGGAGAAUGAGCCGUUAUCUUUAGAGUGGCCUGAAACCAGGCGUAAGCAGGCCACCUAUCUGUUCCUGCUGCCCAUUGUGUUCCCACUGUGGCUCACGCUGCCUGACGUCCGCAACCUGGCGUCCAGGAGAUAUUUUGUCAUGACAUUUAUCGGCUCCAUUCUGUGGAUUGGAGUUUUCUCCUACUUGAUGGUGUGGUGGGCUCAUCAGGUGGGUGAGACCAUGGGCAUCUCAGAGGAAAUCAUGGGCCUGACCAUCUUGGCUGCCGGGACGUCCAUCCCUGACCUGAUCACCAGUGUGAUUGUGGCCCGGAAAGGUCUGGGCGACAUGGCCGUGUCCAGCUCAGUGGGCAGCAACAUCUUUGACAUUACUGUAGGUCUGCCGGUCCCAUGGCUCAUAUACACUCUACUCCACAACGGCAAGCCCGUCACUGUCAGCUCCAAUGGCCUGUUCUGCGCCAUCGUGCUGCUCUUCCUCAUGCUCCUCUUCGUCAUCAUCUCCAUCGCUGCAUGUCGCUGGAAGAUGAGUCGAAUGUUGGGCCUCACCAUGUUCGUACUGUACUUUGUUUUCCUCGUCCUCAGCGUCCUGCUGGAGGAUCGCAUCCUCAUCUGCCCAGUUUCAAUCUGAGCUGGCCGGGCUGAGGCGGAGAGCAGACUGCUGCACAUGACUUAGUGCGUCCAGACAGGAUCAGUACUGUAUGUAGAAUGUGUUAGAUAUUAUCAAGCCUAAUGUCAAAAGGCUGACCUGGCACACAAGUAGAUACAUAGUAGAAACACUUAACUAAACGAGCAGUGAUGUCAAAGGAAAAAUUCACCUUCAGCAUAGCUUCACACGAUUAGUCUGAUCUAAUAUUUUCCAGCAGCUACUUAGUGAUAACUUUGUCCAGAAUUAUUCCCCAUUUACUAUACAGUCCUCCAGAUUUACCCUCUGCAAAGUCCAUAGUUAUGGCUGAGUGUCUAUUGUAUAGGAAGUAGUGAGCCGAUGAUUUUGGACGUAGUUGUGGAGUACAAUUCCAGAAGGUGUUUGUGCAGAGAAGCUUGUUCUGUGCUCUGCACAGAGCUAGUUAGUGUUGAUGAGAAAGCAAAGUGUGCUGAUUCUCUCUCACUCAUUCAAAAAAUUCCAGUAAUGCAGAUGUUGGUUACUUGAGUUUUCUACUCGAGUGUUGUACUUUCUGCAUCUGCAGGUAUGCAAGUGAAGUAAAUUCUGUCAUCAGAGGGUGUAUAUGAGGCUCUGUGCAGUCGUCAAUUUAUCCUCUAAUUUGUUGUGACUACACAGACAUGUCCGUGCAAAAACCAGACUACAAGGGCACUAACUGCUCAUGAGCUCCACCGAGAGGACUAGAAAGUAGUUGAGUAAUAACAAUUCCACAUUUGUGGCGUCCACAGCUGUCUGUGUGUGCAUUCGCAAUAACUGAGGCCUUAUUCGCCAGAGGAGAUACUUUUUUCUUGCAACCAGCAAUGUCUGGUGCCGACGCCCGUACACAUUAUUUUUGAUGUAAGCCAACAAAUCGUCCACUGUCGGGGAAACACCACUGUCCUUUUUCCUAGCACUGAUGAGCAUCAACGCUCCAGAAUAGCAGCAGUUUGAUCAAAUCCCAGCUACUGUAGGCUGAUGAUUUCUGUUGCCGUGGUGCUCUCACAUGGUUAACUUGCCUGAUGCAGUGCAACUGGUGUGUAUUGCACUUUAUAAUACUGUAGCUGCUGGUGUUUUUAUCAUGUAUGAACACCCUUAAAGAGCAACUCUGCAGCUAAAAGAAUUUAUUUCUGCUGAGCUUCACAAAACUGUGAUAUCACAGUUGUCUGUUGAGAUUUUUUUGUUUUGUUUUUUUUAGCAUGUUGCCUUUAUUUGACAGUUCACAGUCUUAAGAGACAGGAGACCAGGGCAGAGAGAGGGAUGUGACAUGCAACAAGGGUGUCCCUUCCUGGAAUCAACCUGUGGAGGAUGCAGUUAUACACUUUUAAAAAAUUAGGCCACUGGGACACUCUGUUGAUUGCAGAUACAAGGGUUCUGACCACACCCAAGCCUAACUACACCAUUGAAUUCUGCCCCAGCAUAGUUUAUGACAGGACCAUGUAUGGUCAGUGUGUGAAAUUGAGGCUGCAGUUAAACUGCUGUGAACAACAAAGUAGCUAAAGCCAACUUGAAAAGUUGCUAAUAAAUAUCGCUAGAUGAUGUAAUAUGCUAAUUAGCAUAUUCAUGUCAUUGUGUUGUAUUAGCUUGCCAAAUGUGAGCCAGUUUCAGUCCCAAGUUCCCAAUUAAACUGUUCUCAUGUACAUAUUCUUCUGCAUUUCUGUUGUCAGACAACAGAAUAAGUAUGAAGUGGUAUGUAGUGAGUGAAAACGCUCAUUAAAACUACUUGUUAACCAGCAGUCACUUCCAAGCUGCUGCUCUAAAAUCCUGUUAUUAUAACCACGAUGACAUCUGAAAAAAUCACCAAACACAGACGUUAAAAACAACAGCUGUAAUUUCUGUUUUAUUUAUUGAUGCAUGUUCUGACUCUACUGUAGCUGCUGGAAAUACCUGGACAUGACAAGUUAGUUUUUUUUACAGUGAAAAUGUAAAUACACCAAACAAUAAAUGCAACAUACAGAGCAUCUCCUCUGACUGUUAGAUGCAACUGCUGAGGUGGAUUUUUCCUUUCAGCACUGUGAGCAUAAAGCUUAUGGAACAUUCCUGAGGUGACUUUUAAUAGAUGAAUUGAUCACAUUAUGUCCAUUCCCAGUGGUGACGGUACAGAUUCACUGUGCAGUGAUUUCAAAAUCAGUGGAUGCAACUUCAGUUUUGUAUGAUCAGUAUUUUCUGAGCUGUACCCCUAAAACUCUGUUCUGUAUUCAACCAUUCAAACUAGUGUUUGUUCAUGUUCAGUGUGUUAAAGAGAGUUGUAGUGUGAAGCAGUAUUUCAUUGCGUCAGCAUUAACUGUGGUGGAGAGAAACAGUGGAUUGUAUGUGUGUCAGGUAAAUGUGUAUCAGACAGGUGUCACAUUGUCAGCUGUUACUGUCUUGUUAAAUGCUCUUGUUGGAUUGAAGUGGAUGCAAACGUGUAUUAUUGAUAGGAAUACUGUCAAUAUUUCAAAUUAAAAUUCCAUGCUGCAAUAAAUUAUUUUUUUAACAGUGAA